CCGGGUCCUAAAGCCGCGCGUCUCAAGAGGAUGGUGCGUCUGGCGGCGGAGCUGCUGCUGCUGCUGGGGCUGCUGCUGCUCACGCUGCACAUCACGGUGCUGCGCGGUUCGGGAGCCGCCGACGGGCCCGACGCGGCCGCGGGCAACGCCAGCCGGACCCAGCUGCAGAAUAACCUCCACAUGGAAAGUGACUCUGCAUCAGAAACGAGCUUUCCUUUCUCCAAAGAAGCAGCAGGGGAACAUCUGGACCACCAGGCUGCACACCAACCCUUCCCCAGACAGCGAUUCCGGCAAGAGCCUGGGCACCCUUCACUGCAAAGAGAUGGCCCCAGAUCCUUUCUCCUUGAUCUACCAAACUUUCCAGACCUUUCCAAAGCUGACAUCAAUGGGCAGAAUCCAAAUAUCCAGGUCACCAUAGAGGUGGUGGACGGUCCUGACUCUGAAGCAGAUAAAGAUCAGCAUCCAGAGAAUAAGCCCAGCUGGUCAGUCCCAUCCCCCGACUGGAGGGCCUGGUGGCAGAGGUCCUUGUCCUUGACGAGGGCCAACAGCGGGGACCAAGACUAUAAGUACGACAGUACCUCAGAUGACAGCAACUUCCUCAACCCCCCCAGGGGGUGGGACCGUCCAGCCCCGGGCCACCGGACUUUUGAAACCAAAGAGCAGCCAGAAUAUGAUUCCACAGAUGGUGAGGGCGACUGGAGUCUCUGGUCUGUCUGCAGUGUCACCUGUGGGAACGGCAACCAGAAACGGACCAGGUCUUGUGGCUACGCAUGUACCGCAACAGAAUCUAGGACGUGUGACCGUCCAAACUGCCCAGGAAUUGAAGACACCUUCAGGACAGCUGCCACCGAAGUGAGUCUCCUGGCGGGAAGCGAAGAGUUUAAUGCCACCAAACUGUUUGAAGUUGACACGGACAGCUGCGAGCGAUGGAUGAGCUGCAAAAGUGAGUUCUUAAAGAAGUACAUGCACAAGGUGAUCAAUGACCUGCCCAGCUGCCCGUGCUCCUACCCCACCGAGGUGGCCUACAGCACCGCAGACAUCUUCGAUCGCAUCAAGCGCAAGGACUUCCGCUGGAAGGACGCCAGUGGGCCCAAGGAGAAGCUGGAGAUCUACAAGCCCACGGCCCGGUACUGCAUUCGCUCCAUGCUGUCCCUGGAGAGCACCACGCUGGCCGCCCAGCACUGUUGCUAUGGCGACAACAUGCAGCUCAUCACCAGGGGCAAAGGGGCAGGGACCCCCAACCUCAUCAGCACCGAGUUCUCAGCGGAGCUCCACUACAAGGUGGACGUCCUGCCCUGGAUUAUCUGCAAGGGCGACUGGAGCAGAUACAAUGAGGCCCGGCCUCCCAACAAUGGACAGAAGUGCACGGAGAGCCCCUCGGACGAAGAUUACAUCAAGCAGUUCCAAGAGGCCAGGGAGUACUAAGGAGAUGUCACCUCCGGUAUUUUGACACAAACGCACUGCGCUGAUCUGCCGCCGGGGCAGAGUUCGUCUUCUCCUCAUCCAUGGAUAUUUGUAUAUACCACGUGGGUAUUUUCCAUAAAUUACAUUAGGGGUGCGCACCAGGCCCGGAUGACUGCCGUCUGAAGCCACCUUGCCACCCGAAAUGCCCGCAGAGCUCCUUGGAAUCCCUCUGAGGGGUGAUGUCAGCAGGAGGAUGAGGGCAAAGGAGCCAGAAGAACCUGGAAGCCAUAGUGGAUGGGAUUCAAUUCACACCCAGAUCCUGCGCUUCCAGGAGAAGCAAAGAGGGAAAGACUGAGUUGUAAACGUUAUAAGCAGUUUUUAUAUAUAACUUAUUUAAUAUGAAUGUGACUUAAGCAUAACCUUUUCGCUGGAGUUGUGAAACUGUUUAAUCACUUCUGUGAGAGUUCAGACAGGGGCUUAAGGAGGUGGAAGAGAAAGGGAAUUUUGGAAUAACUUUUUUAAAACUAAGUAACUCAACAGAAGUGUAUCAAAAACAAGAAAACGCCCACCUUAAACCAAAUGUUCUUCAGUCAUGACGCACCUUGCUGGCGUCUCAGCUUCCAACAUGCCCUUGCCUAAGAUUGGAUAGGGGGUGGGGGGCACAGGGGUAUUUUAAGGGCAAAUCUGAGGACUGGUUUUUAAAUAGGCUUUAAAAUAUAAGGCCAAUAUUAGCAUAAUGCUAUAAUUCUACUAAAAGGCUUCAGAGUGGCAGAAGUUCCGCUCAUGUCUUAGUGGGAGGUUCAGAAGCCUGCGGGAAGGUCGGACAUAAAAACAGGUAGUAGCACUUUUCCAAAAGAAAAAAUAAAAGCAAAAUAGAUGGGAAAAGAACAUGGACCUCAUUUCAUCUAUUUUAUUCUAAUACCAUCGUAAAAAUUUUUUUCUCCACCAAUAUAUUACCAGUAAAUACAUAUAAAAAGAGUAGGGGGACUCAAGUCUAGAAAAUCCUAAUUUUUUUUUUAUGUUUUAAGAAAGGGGGAAAAAACUACAUUAUUUUUGUAAAGUAUUUAUUGAGUCAUUGAGUCUUGUGCAUCAAGCAUUGUAAUAUGACCUGGUUAUGUAGUGUGGAACUUAAGACAAAGAGGUUGUUCUUAUGCAAUUUUUCCUUGCAAAACUCCAGGAAAAGAGAAUAUAUUAUAAAAUCAUAAUAAAAUGUGUUACCUGCAAUAAA